AUGUGCGAGCCUGGCGAACCUGCAGAUCCGUCGUCGUGCGCGCUGUCUGAACUGGAGGCCGUCGAUGUCACCGCGAUCAGUCACGAACGACUCAAAGACUUGACGGAUGAAGUGUUGAACAAGGUGUUGGAAAAAGACAGCGUAUUGGGAGACCUACCGAACAACGUGACGUUGGGAGAAGUCGAUUUACAAAUCGCAAUCGAACACGGCCGAGCGAUAACAGUGCACUUGGAACGUUUUGACGGCAUUGUCAUCCCGAUCGUCGUACAGAAGAAUGGAGCAAAAGUGACAGACUUGAAAAACAGCAUUCAAAGAAAAAUGACAUUACAUUUAAAAAGAGCUGAUGAAAGAGCAAAAAUCAGUUGGAGACGAAUAUGGAAAACGUAUUGGUUAAGUUGUGAUGGACAAAAGUUAAAGAAUGAUAAUGAUUUAAUAUCAAAGUAUAUGGAAAACCACUCAAAACUGGUGUUUGUAAAACGAUUUAGAGAAAAAAACAUUCACGAUUAG